AUGAACAAGCUGGCCAACAUGCGGCAAUGGAGCGAGCGAAUCGGCCCCAACUUCGUCAUGGGCCGGCCCAACACCAACGUGCCCAUGAAUGCAAUGAAUGCUCAUCCCAAGAACAUGCCACAACCUGGAGGCCCGAUAACCUCCCCGCACGCUGCUGAUGCUACGAUUCACUGCUCGUUUCAAAUCCCCUUCGCGUCCGACCUCGCCGGCCCCAACACCGAAGACAUCUUGCACGCUACGACCGAUGCAGUCCUUCGCUGGACGCACCCCGAAGACGCGCCUGACGAUGUGCCUGUGCACGACCUGCCGGUUCAUGUCAACGGCGUGAACACGUUGGAGAGACUCUGUAACGGUCUGACGACUGGACCUUUGCCCAUUGAAGCUCAUGUCUCGACCUUGCCGGCUGGUGACGGCAAGGGUAAGCAGACGACCAUCGUAUGCCUAUCGGGCUCUCAGGACCUCGUGCACAAAAGUCGUGAGGCAAUAUUCAACGACACGCCCAUUUCAUUGCGCUGCACCACGAUCGAUGUCGACGGCAGUCUUGUGUGUGAUCUCGCCGCUGGAAAAUUGCGCGAGAAGGUUUGCGAGACUCUCGACUACAUCUCCAACUAUUGCGGUGUCGACAUCUUCCUUCUCGGCCCUAAACUGACGCCCAUGGUCGACGGGAUGACCGGCGAAGCCGAAAUGCGAAUGGACCAGCGUUGGAGGGUCGCCAUUUACGGCGACCAACUGUCGUCAGAGCAUGCCAAGGUCCGAGUGCUUAUUCACAUCGACACCCUGCUAGGUCGUAUCGCCGAUUCCGUCAAGGUCGACCAAUCGCUACAUCAAAUCAUUUGCGGUCGUCACCGAAAGAACAUCAAGCUUAUGGAAUCGGCCACGAACACUGCCAUCUACUUUCCUCCCCUCUUCUCGCAAGUAUACCGCUAUUCGCCCCCAAACGCGAGCCGACGAGACCCCAAUGACAUCUUCAUCACGGGCGAGUCGUCAGAGGCAAUCCGCGAAGCCAAGCAGAAAAUUCAUGAGAUUGUGACCAGGAUCCGGCUAUACAUCAAGGACGUCACUCUCCCUGCGGCAAAGAUUGACAGCAUCUUACUCGACCGUACCGAAAAGGUCCGGAAGAUUCUGGAGGCCAACGGCACGUACAUCAUGUUCCCAGCACUCGGAACUCAGCGCACAACGGUGCGUGUGCAGGGUAGCGAGGGUAUCCCUGUUGAGCGAACCGUUCGUGAGCUCAUGAACCUUGCUGGCCAGUUCUACGCUGCCGGCUGGUACAUCCAGCAGGUGGAUACUCGCCAGCUUCCCAACCCGUCGCAGGUUAGAGACAUGCUGGGUGAAAUCUGCACCACCUCUGGUGCCGAUUUGAUGUUUGACAAGAUGGCGUUCAACAUCACCGGCUCUGAUGAUGCAGUCAAGGCGGCUCUGAGCGUGUUGGCUCAGAUCAACUUUGUUGCGCAGUCUCAGUACCAAAUUCGGGUGAAGAUUGAGCUGGCCAACGAGCACAAGGAAUUUGUGAGCGGCAAGAAGAAUGGCAAGAUCAACAAAAUUAUGGGUCAAAGCAAUGUUCAAAUCAUCUUUGAUGGUUUCAAUGAGUACAACUUUAACAUCGACGUUAUGGCUGCAAGUUACGAGUCCAUGCACCAAGGAUUGAGCUUGGUUGAGCAGGAGAUGCCAGCGUCCAUCUCUUUCCAUGUCCCCGAUCAGUACCACAAACGCAUCAUUGGCAUCGGAGGGCAACACAUCCAGCGCAUUAUGAAGAAGCACUCCGUGUUUGUCAAGUUCUCGAACGCCAUGGAUCGGGGCGGUAUGGGUCGUGAAGAUGAUGAAAUCAAGGUCGACAAUGUCAUUUGCCGGACUCCCGCUCGCAACGCUCAAAAUCUUGACGCCGUCAAGAACGAGAUCCUCGAGAUGGUUGAUCGAACAGACUCGGAGUACACCUCACAGGUCGUCCACGUAGAUCGACUCUACCACCGCCAGCUUAUUGCCCGCCUCAAGGACAUUGAGACUUUGGAGCAGAAGAACAACUGCAAGAUCAAUUUCCCCAGCACUGAGCAGGCGAGCGAUGAGGUCACAGUUACUGGCCCUCAGUGGCAGGUCCCUCAUUGUGUUGACGAAUUCCUGGGUAUGGUACCCGAUCACCACGAGCUCGUCGUUGCGAAGAGCGAUGAGCUUGCCAAGUUCCUGGAAAGCCCGCAAUUCACUGAAGAGCUCGUCAACAAGCUGCGAACUCAGCACGAGGUUGAACUCUCAACCAAGGAACAGCCUGAGCAGUUGACCGAGGACGGAAAGCCCACCGUCACGCUCCGAUGGGGCUUCACUCGCAAUAACGCUGGCGGACUUCGGGAUGCUGUUGACUUCCUCACUGAGCAGAUGACCAACCAAGGCGUUGAGCUCACAGUUGUGAAAGGAUCCCUUCCCCGCCCCAAGUCUGACUCAUUCGAAGAUAGCUUGCAGUACUUUGAUUCUAAGCUGCUCCAGCACGCCCCAGCCGCUGCUUCAGAUGCCCAGGCCAAGCCUGCGUACGGUGACGAGGUCGCCCGCGAACGCAGCAGCAUCCUGGACCGCCUGCGCAAGCCCGGUAGCAUGACUGCCAUCUCCUCCUUCCUGGAUCGUCGCAAGAACAGCUCCCGCUCUCCCAAUGGCAACUUCUUCAAGGGUUCGAGCAACGUCUCCAAGUCGUCCUUGAUCUCGAUCGAGUCUGCUCGCAGCUUCAACGCGGACAGAAACCCUUGGAACGAUAGCGGCGUCAACCUUACCGACGAUGACAACCCAUGGGCUCCCCGCCCCCUCAGCACCCAUGUCGACAACAAGUUGGCGAUUCCCAUGUCCGGAGAAAUCACGCCUCGCCACCACACUUGCCCCUCUGGAGACAGUGGACGGCCCUCUACAUCCCACUCUUUCAAUUCUGGAUACCCCGGCCCUCUUGGCCCUUUCCGUUAG